CAUCCGUGUCUCUGAACCGAGGACGCUGCACGUGCCGCGGUCAUGGCUCGCGCACUGAAGAAGGCUCGAUCUCACUAUCAUUCAUUGUUACUUUUGACACUCUGCGAAAAGCUGCUCGUUCCUGCGUCGACGGCUAGCUGUUCUGGACACUUCGUCAUCGAAGACUCGACCGUCAAGCUAUUCUUGCAGCAGCGCAUCAACUCCAGUGAGGACACCAUAGAUUGUCGCUACAAAUUCGAAGCACCACCGAAGUCCGGCUUGCUCAUGAUCGCCAACGACAUCAGGGCCGUGAACGACGGCGAGAUACCCGGAUGUCCAGUGGGCAUCUACAGCAACGAUGACGGGCACGGUGACCCUCUGUUCUCGUUGUGCGGUCACUACACCACCAUGACCAUUCCUGUGCCAUCUCAUUCGUCCCUGAUUGUGUACAAGCCGACAUACAGAGGCACAGCUUACACGCUGACCUUGGAUUUGCAGGUAGCUUCGACCGGAGAAAGCAAUUUUCGUGCCUGCGGAGAUUCACGUCUUGACAUGGUGUCCGUCGUGUCGGUCAGGUAUUCCGUGGGCUUCAGGGCCGACUCAGGCGAUGCCCCUGAUUUCUGCGACAUCAAAGUGAGGAGCACGAGCGCUCAAGAAACCUUAAGCACUAAGUGUGUGCUCACCAGUAGCGGCGUUUGCAAAUAUGAUGUCCUUCUUGUGAACGGAAGUGCUGCAGCAUCCAAAGAAUACGUCGAUCUUGAAGCUUCAGGUGGGUCGGCUACAGUCAGACUGCAUCCUGCAGGGACAUCCGGCGUUCUUAUUACCAAGAUUCCUGCUGUAUUCGAACCUGUGACCCUUUUAAAGCCUCCACCAUUGUUGGUUUUUGGUGAAGACUUCUUUCCGAACGCAAGCGACUGGAGUGUCAACGUAACUAACGUUUCAAGUGGGCUUACUGCCGUCGAUGACGUGGCCCCAGGUUUAUGGAACAGGACAAAACACUUGGUUAGAAACGUGUGGCAAACCGUAAAAGAUGUGGCUGAGUCUUUUCUCGUAAGAAUUCGAAGCUGGUUUAAUGGUUAGUUUCGAGGUGCACAUUUGAUAUAUAGCAGUUACGUCCUAGGUGCACAUAGGAUUGGCUGACGUCGUAUAGCUGUAGCGGUGUUCCAGCACUGCAGCUAAUGGUUCGCUUUUAGUCAAUGUCCGCGCAUGUUCA